AUGGCAGAGUAAACUUAGCAAGAGAAUCCAUUUCUCACUAACUCACUCUAACUCUCUUGGGCAGAACAUCGCAUGCUAUCACUAACCAUCUACCUUAUGUUCCUGUCAGCUUUAUUUUGGUUUCUAUUCUGCAUAAUCUCUCUUAUUACUAAGUUCUGUCUCAAGCCAGAAAUAAGAGAAGAGACCAUCUAUAGAAGAUUGACUUCAACUCUACUGUAAUAACUUGAUAAUUCAGAAUUCCUACUAUCAAAUUCUGAAUCUGGGUCAUCAGAAGAGCAUAAAAAUUCUUAAUCAGAAGACGGUUCACGCCACGACAGCAUGGUAACAUUCCCUCUUUGGUCAAGAAAAAAGAGAUAUGAUCAAUUGGUUGAAGAGCAUUCCUCAGAUAGUGAGAGAAGAUAGACUAGAAAAGACAAGGAGAUGAUAAGUUAUCCUACUAAUUUCAUUAGAAAUCAGAACUCUGAGGAUAAAUAUCGUAUCUAAAAGAAGGGACCUGAUGUGUUAGCUACUACUUUUACUUUUAAAGUUGAGAAACAUCAAGGUCUUAAAUUUCUAUUUGCUUGGAUAGCUAUGCUAUUACUAACCUUUUCCAUCCUACCGCUAGUGUCAAUUGGAUGGCUGGGAUUAACCUUUGGAAUUUUCCUCAUAUCAGCAUUUAUGCUUACUCAAUUCAUUGCUAUCAUUUAUUAGAAUAACAAGUAUAUUUUCUCAACAAGAUUCGCUCAAACCAAUCUAUCCUAUUACAUUCAGAUACUACAUAAAAACGCCUUGAGCUUCGAUGAUAUGGCUGAUUUUUAAUCUGGAGAGUUUUACUUAAGAAAAGUACUUGCAACAAUCAAGUACUAUAGUGAAAAUCACAGAUUCCUAUUCUUUAUCUCACUCAUUGGAAUAGUUUUAUUUUCAAUUGGAGCUCCUCUUUUAGUUGACGAAGGUUGUCUUUCUAAACAUGAAGAAGUAAACUCGAACACUUGUAAAUCUAAAGAGUGUUUUCCAAUAGUUAACUAUCAACUUAUCACAAAUGAUCAAUCAGAAAUCAGGUUAUAAUAGGAAGCUGAAAAAGUCUAUUCCCACUUCGAUUAAAAUGAAGAGUUCAAUUCUCAGAGAAGAAUAUAUAAAGCUCAAUUAAAUAAUCUUGAACCAGGAUCUACCUACUAAUUCUCAAUUUACUAUAACUAAACAGGGUAUCUGAGUGGAAAGAACUCAAAUAAUUUGGAGACAUUUAAGAUGCAUUACAUGCUUGAAGAGAAUUAAAUUGAUUUGGCUUUGAUAUCUGGAUACUUGGCUUUUGAUUAUGGAUAAUUGACAUGCUAUCAUCUCUGGGACUAAUUCCUUGAAUACUGGCAGAGUAAUUUUGUUGAUCAUAACAAUGCUAUGAUUCCAUCAAUAGUAGCUGCUUCUAAAUCUGAAAUUGGUUAUUAGCCAUUCUCUUUAUCUGACCCAAGUAAACUUAAAGAUAACAUAUUUAUGACAUUUUUCCCAUUCACUAUGAAUCAACCCUAUGCCCGACUUUAUUACCAUCAUACAAUCCAAAUGGCUUUCGAAUGA